CAUGGCUAACGCACCCAUUACACUAUCUAAGCCACAAGGGCGUGAGAUCACUGGUGGUGAUCUCCUGGCGCAGGCUCUGAAAGUUUUAGGGGUCGAUGUAGCCUUUGGAGUUCAUGGAGGUCAUCUGGAUUCAUUCUUGAUGGGAUGUGUUCAUGCGGGCAUUCGUUUGGUUGAUACAAGACACGAGACAUGUGCUGUUCAGGCCGCUGAAGCUUAUGGGAAAGUGAACGGAAAGGUGGGCGUCAGUUUUAUCACUGCAAAUUCGGGGUUUUCAAAUGGCCUAGCAGGUCUUGCAACUGCUUUGGCGGAUAGAAACCCUGUCUUUGUAAUUACGAGCUCUCCGCCUCUGAGAGAUGCCGAAACAAAUGCCCUUCAAGGCUUUCACGAUCAAGUCGUGGUCUCCAGUCCUCUUACCAAAUGGUCACAUCGAGUCACCAUCACUGAGGAGAUUCCCAGUCUCGUCUCUUUCGGAUUCCGAACCGCUAUGGGAGGCGCCCCUGGGCCCGUCCUCAUGGACCUCCCUAUUGACGUACUUUUCCAACCGGUCCAACAGAAUCGGAUCUCGUGGGGUUCAUUGGGGAAGCCAUUUCCCUUCAGACCUGGACCGCAUCAAGCAGCGAUAACAGCAUCCUGCGACCUGAUACGUGCGGCAAAACGCCCAGCCUUGAUUACUGGCUCUGGCGGACAGAGCGUAGAGAAUACAAAAGCUUUAAGUGUCUUUGUUGAUCUCACGGGUAUUCCGGUAUUCCAUGGCAUCAAAUACGGAUCUGCUCUUCCCAUCGAUCAUCCUCUUCAAUCUGGCGUAGUGACAGAACUGGCAAAAUUUCCUUACAUAGGGAAAGAGCCCCCUGAUCUUAUUAUUUUGAUAGGUGCAAGGCCUGGUACGCUCAUGGCUGCGCGCUCCGGAGCUAUUCUCCCACACAAGGGGACCAAAUAUAUCCAGGCUGAUGUAGACGCUACGGAGCCUGGACGAAGUCUUUCAACUGAUCUGUCAGUAGUAUCAGAUAGUUGUCAAUAUCUUCUUGCCUUGAUCAAGGCUCUAGGGCCGAACACAACGAAGGCGGAUAAGGAUUGGAUUGCCACAGCAACAGGAUUGAAAAGAUUACCAUCAGGAUACGAGAAUGAGCCAGAGGAUUCAUCCCCUCAGAAGAUACACCCGUGGCAUGGUAUUAAACAGGUAUUCAGUUCGCUGGAGCCUGGAUGUAUUCUCGUUAUCGACGGGGGUGAAUGUAGUAGUUGGUCAGCUCAGCUCCAGGAAUACGCAAAACCGUCUCUAACUCUCUUCGCCAUUGGCCAUCUGGGGUUUCUUGGAAAUGGGUAUGGGUAUGCUAUUGGUGCCGCGGUGGCCGAACCGUCGAAGCAAGUCGUCAUGGUUCAAGGAGACGGCUCAGCCGGCUUCCAUUUCGCGGAGCUGGAGACAUUCAGCCGUCACAAUCUCAACAUCCUCAGCGUCAUAGCCAACAACUACAUAUGGGGAAUGUCAAAGCACGGCCAGGAUUUGAUGUGGACGGAUAAGAACACCGCACGUCCUGUGACAACGCUAAAUCCCGAGACCAAGUUUGAGGUAGCAGCUCAGGGAUUCGGUAAUGCUGGGGCCAAAGUCGACAAAUAUGCAAAUAUCGAGUCUACCGUCAAGAAACUCUCCAAAGAGCCAAUGCCAGCAUUGCUGAAUUUGAUCAUUGACGCUCAACCAAUCCACCCAGGAACAGCAGCCAUGAUCAAUCCAACGGACGAUCCAGACAUUAUCGUAGUCCCCUACUACGAUAACUUACCAAGACCGAUGUUCAAAGACGUAAAGUGACCAGCAACCAGAGAUGUGUGUUCUGAGAUUGUUCAAGGGCGGUGUAGUGUCUGUGCUAUGCAAUUAGCCAACGAAUCUCUCGAUAUUUCACUUAUCUCCACUUUGCUCCUCUGAUGCUCUCCAUGUGCUCGCUUUGUCUACAUCGACUCAUUUCAAUAACAUGUUUAAAACUGAUUCGUCCUAUAUUUAAUGUGAUAGUUAUGACAAUCUUAGCAGGUUAUGUUGUGAUAGUUUCAUCUACCAUGAGACAUUUUGUAAGAAACAGACCAUCUAUGCCAAAUCAAACC